AUGCGGAGGCCGAGCGUGCGCGCGGCCGGGCUGGUCCUGUGCACCCUGUGCUACCGGCUGGUGGGCGCCGCUGUCUUCGACGCGCUAGAGUCCAAGGCGGAGAGCGGCCGCCAGCGGCUGCUGGUCCAGAAGCGGGGCGCGCUCAGGGGGAAGUUCGGCUUCUCGGCCGAGGACUGCCGCGAGCUGGAGCGCCUGGCGCUAGGCCGAGCCCCACCGCGCCGCCGCCAGUGGAAGUUCGCUGGCUCCUUCUACUUCGCCAUCACCGUCAUCACUACGAUCGGGUACAGCCACGCCGCGCCAGGCACUGACUCCGGCAAGGUCUUCUGCAUGUUCUCUGCGCUCCUGGGCAUCCCCCUGACGCUGGUCACCUUCCAGAGCCUGGGCGAGCGGCUGAACGCGCUGGUCCAGUGCCUCCUGCUGGCGGCCAAGCGCUGCCUGGGCCUGCGGCGGGCUGCGGUGUCCACAGAGAACCUGGUGGUGGCCGGGCUGCUGGCGUGCGCCACCACCCUGGCCCUCGGGGCCGUCGCCUUCACGCACUUCGAGGGCUGGACCUUCUUCCACGCCUACUACUACUGCUUCAUCACUCUCACCACCAUCGGCUUCAGCGACUUCGUGGCGCUGCAGAGCGGAGAGGCGCUGCAGAGGAAGCCCCCCUACGUGGCCUUCAGCUUCCUCUAUAUCCUCCUGGGGCUCACGGUCAUCGGCGCCUUCCUCAACCUCGUGGUCCUGCGUUUCCCUGCCGCCAGCGCCGAUGGGUCCGAGCGCGCUGCCUGUGGCCCCAGCCCGCACCACCAGGGGGAGCCCGAGAGCCGCGACCCCUCAUUGCCGCGCCCGGCAGGCUCUGGCGGCUCCGCCUCUGUCUCCUGCCACGUGCACCAGAUGGAGAAGUGCGCCCGCCACAACCUGGGCUUCUUGCCCCCCUCGAGCCCGGGGGUCGUGCACGAAGAGGCAGUCAGGCCCGGGGCCCGGUGGAAGUCCAUCUGACAACCCCACCCGGGUUGGGCUGAAUCUGAAAAGGGAAAGUCUGGCUUCAGCUAUCAGGGCACCCUCCCCAGGGAUUGGAGACAUGUGAGGGGCUUCCGGGCGGUCUUCAGCUACACAGUUUCUCAUUACCUUCUGUGGCCAAGUCCCCUCCCUCCUCUCCAAAAAUACUUUACAGUCACAUCAUAAGCACAAA